AUGCGCGCUCUAUGGGCAGUUGUGUUCCUGCUGAUUGUCAGUGUUGUAUUUGCCUUACCAACGCAGUUGGACGGAGGCUAUGAAGGUCACGAAAGCCACGAAGGUUACAAAAGGCACGAAUUUCUUGAACAAGCUACUCCAAUUAUGUGUUAUGCGAUGUCUAGUUGUUUUAGAGAAACGCCAAUUUGGAUUCUUCGAUCCGUUCAUGAUGGGCGGCAUGUUCGAUCCAUUCAUGAUGGGUGGAUUCGGCAGAUGGGGAUGGGGCCGUUAGCUGUAGAAGCGAUUCCGUGA